GGGAGCCUUUCAAUUGUGUUUUUCCCAUUGAAGAGUGAGCACUUGUUGAGUUAAAGUUGUUGAUAUUCGAGUAUACAUUCUGAGUGCGGUAGUCCUUAGAAAAGAGCGUCCCUCGGUUUUUUGAAAGUGGAAUUUUUGUGUGGCAUAUGUUAAAUAAAUAAUUUUAAAUAAUUUGAAAAAAAAACGUAUAAUAUUGAAAAAUGGAAACAAAGCCCGAGGAAGACCAAGCUGAACCCCAUCAUUAUCAUCAUCAGUCACAUCCCCAAUCUAUCGCCCAAAGUCGGACAAUUAUCGCGACAAUAGUUUAUCUUGCACUGCUCGUCGAUAAUAUCUUGCUUACGGUCAUAGUGCCCAUUCUACCGGAUUAUCUGGCCACGAUUAACAACAAGUCCCUGGCCGCCUUUACCGUCGCUGACACCGAUAUUAAUCAACAGCAGCAGCUGUUUGCCUCGAACCUUGCCUAUCGUAACUUAGAUUCACAUCAUGCUCCAGUGGCGGCAGCUAUUAUGACAAAGCAUCCGAUACCUGGAAAAUCGCUGGUCAAUUUUACAGUUGUCGAGGAUAGGGUAAUAAUAGCACCUGUAGAUAGAGGAGAUGGACAUGGAGUUCUAGGAGAGAAUGGUGAAAAUGAUACCCUGGCAAGCGAGAAUGGUUCGAUAGGCAUCCUUUUGGCUAUGAAGGCACUGGUUCAACUUAUAUUCAACCCCAUUGUUGGGGGUAUGUCCAGCAAAUUUGGAUAUCGAUUGCCAAUUGUGUUCGGAACGUUUUGCUUGCUUCUUUCAGCUUUGGUUUUCGCAAUUGGUGAAACAUAUGUUUCGUUAUUGAUUGCACGUUCGAUACAAGGAGUUGGAUCUGCAUGCAUUGGGGUUUGUGGAAUGAGCUUAGUUGCACAGCUUUAUCCAGAAGAAGAAAAACGUUCCAAAGUGAUGGGUAUAAUUUUGGGUAGCAUUGCGCUUGGAGUUCUAUUGGGCUACCCUUUUGGAAGUAUUCUCUAUGAUUUGGUGGGAAAGUCAUCGCCGUUUAUUAUUCUUUCAACAUUAAUUUUUCUUAAUUUAGGAAUGCAAUUGCUGACAAUGGACCUUUCGGUUCAACCAGAGGUGACAAUUGGAACUGGUUAUCCAAAAUGGCGCCCAAUUUUCGGAAACAAAAUGAUACUAGCCAUUGUAAUAGCCAUUUUGGUAUCGACAUCUUCAAUGGCUAUCUUAGAACCAUGUCUACCUAUUUGGCUGAUGGAACACUUAAAGCCAUAUAAAUGGCAACUUGGAACUGUAUUCAUUCCAGAUUCUGUGGGAUAUUUUAUUGGAACCAAUUUUUUCGGAACGGUUGCGUAUAAUUUUGGUCAAAUAAGAGUUUCCUGUUUAUCGUUGUUAUUGGUUGGAAUAGCUUCAAUUUUGAUCCCUAGCGCUACAACAGUUCCUCAAUUGCUGCUUCCCCAUUUUUGCCUCGGUCUUGGAAUCGGAAUAAUUGAUGCAGCUCUAGUUCCACUCUUAGCUUCGUUUGUUGAUUUGAGCUUAGGUGAUGACCAAGUUGUGGCAAAAGAUUCAAUGUCAAGCUAUGGAACAGUUUAUGCCAUUCAACAGACUUCUGUAAGCCUCGCUUAUUGCUUGGCUCCAUUACUUGGUGGAGAAUUGGUGCAAGCCAUGGGUUUCACCUGGUUAAUGCGAUUAAUGGGACUUUGCAAUGUUAUAUAUGGACCAAUUUUAGUAUUGCUGUAUAGUAAAUAUAAUCCAAAGUUUGCAGCUGAAAAAGAUAAUCAAAUGUUACUCGAUACGUCUGGGAGUGGUCCAGGUUCUCACUAUAAAAAGCUUUAUAAUGCAGUGGAAUAGAAGAUUCUUAGUCAGAUAUUUAAAAAGGAUCAUUUGUUAUAAAUACGUGUUGUGGUAUAAAUUUUUGAAUGUUUUUAACUUUAUUGUUUUGUUUAAGAUAAAUAUACUUAAUAUUAAUAA